AAUGCCUUAAAAAAAGGAAGGAUUCUAAUCUAUAGGUGAGUUUUUGAGAUUUUCAUUAUCCACAGAUGAUUAAGCAACUCCAGAUCAAAUCAAAACAGCACUUUUUUUUGUUAGAUAAAUAGUUUCAGUCCUUCUAGGAUUAACAGCAGGGUUUUUACAUUUAUAAGGCAUUUUGACAAUUUUGGGAUUUCUGUUUUUAUCAAUGGGAUUUUCAUAUUAUUAUGUCUUCAAAUAUAAAUAAGUACAAAUUAGCAUUAUAAUUAGAUUGAUGAAGAUAAAAUAGAGAAUACAGAAAUAUACACAGAAGGAUUAGGAGCAUCAAUUGGAGAAUUUUUAUUAUGUUGGACCUUAAUUCAUACUGUGGCUUGAA